AUGCAAACAGUUUCAGAAUAAUCCUUAAGAAAAUGUAAUAAGAUUGAUAACGAACUUGAUGAGAUUGUUAAUGUUAAGUCUAAUUAGUUUAAUAUAAUAGAAUCUUAAAUACAAUAUGACUUAUCAAAAAUGAAUUCCAAUUAUUUAAUUAAAUAGGACGAUAACAAUUUGGCGAACUCGGACUGUUAACAAUUCGACACCUUAAACUAAAAUAAUAUUUCAAAUUAAUAGAAGGAUUAACAAAUUUAAUAACUUAUCAAUUCUUAAACCAUCUAAGAAAGAUCAACAAUUACACAAUCUAAUCCUAGACCAUUCACUUAUGAAUUGAUACCAAAAAAUUCAAUUAAAUAAAAUGAACAUUGUCAUGCAAUUGCUGUUAAUAAAGAUUAUUCAACAUUAAUUGCUGCAUGUGAUAAAUAAAUCAAAGUGUUUGGAUUUAAAUAAGGAAAGUUGGUUUAACAUGAAAUUUUAAAUGAACAUAAUAGAUAUGUUUAUACUUUGAAUUUUAUGAAUAGAUCGGAUCAGUUUAUAUCUGGGAGUGGAGAUAGCUCAAUUAUAAUAUGGAAAAGAAAUCAAAAUAAUUCAUGGAUUUGCUCAUAGAAAUUGAAUGGGCAUACAAGAGAAGUUUAUUGUUUGAUAUUAAAUAAUAAUGAAGAUCUUAUUGUAUCUGGUAGUGUUGAUAAUACAAUUAAAUUCUGGUAGAACUAAAAUGAAUGGUUGUGCUCUUAGACAAUCUCUGAUCAUACUAGUUAUCCAUAUUCAUUAAGUUUUAAUGAAUAAUAGAAUAAAUUGAUAUCUUGUGGAAGGGACAAUCUUAUAUUAGUAUUAGAAUAAUAAUUAAAUAAACAAUGGAUGGUAAUAUAAACGAUUGUAAUGGAAUAAUUUGGACUUCGAUUAUGCUUUAUCGAUGAUAAUAUAUUCACAUGCUAACCUUACAAUACAGAGUACAUGCAUGUUUUUGAGAUGAAUAACGCUAAUGAAUAGUAUACAAAGACGAAGGAUAUUCCAGUAAAAGGUGGCUAAGAUUGUUGGUUGUUUCCAUAAUAAUAUAUAAGAUCAAAAUGUAUCCUUGUGAAUAAGAAUGCAUCAAAUGUGACUUUAAUAAGUAACUAACAAAAUGGUCAGUUUAUACCUGAAUAAUCUAUUUAGUUUGGAGCAUGUGAUAUUUUUGGAUGUAUGACUGAUGAUGGGUAGUAUUUAAUCACAUGGGACUCUACAUCAAAAGAAUUUUAGAUUAGACAAUAUCAGAAAAACUGA